AGAUGCUCUAGUCAAGAUGAAAGAGGAGAAGACACCUCAGGAAAAUCUUACAGUUCUACAAAGUGAAGUAUGCUUACAAAGUAAAGUCUACGAUCUUCAAGGCCAGCCAAAGGAAGAGAAUGGAAAUGAAGAAAAACAUUUACACAGUGCGGACUGGCGACAACAAUCCUUAAUCCACUUUUAUUCACCUUAUUCGUCGGAGCCAUCAAACCAUAGCAUAACUCUCAAAAAGUAUGUGUCCAGCUCUCUAACUACAGGAUUAACUUCAUCUUCAGUUGUACCAAAAUCUUCUAGAUCAUCUUCGACAAAUUUUAACAGAACUGACAACACAAGUGGUAGCAGCCCCUCUAUCUCUGUGCUCCAGAAGCCACAUUUUGCAGUUCUAACACCUCAGCCUGCUAUAUUAGGAGAUGGAGAGGACUACUUUCACUCUUUGUUCUUCGACUCAAAGAGACGUCUUACGCUUCCUGAAUUCCCUGAUAGAAAUAAAACUUUGUCUCCAAAUGAGGCCAACAUAUCUAAAUCUAGUGCUCUUGGAGACAUUAAAAUAGUUGAAGUGAGUGGCAGUGGUUUGUUUGUGAAGAUGAUUAACUCUUCUCCUGACAAAGAACUGGCGAUUGGAGAUCAUAUUCUCCAACAAAAUGUGAAUGGCCAUGCAGUCUCCUUGUAUAAAUUCCACCCAAAUAUUAGAAUGCCAGCCAAUGCUGCAAUAACUGUUUGGGCAGCAUCAUCUGAGGUAAAGCAUAAUCCACCAUCAGAUUUUCUUUGGAAGGAACAAGACAAGUUUAGAACAAGUCUCAACUGUACAACCAUCCUGUGUAAACCCAAUGGUGAAGCAAUUGCUUGGUAUACUCCUAUCCAUUGGCAACAAACUUGGGAGGGAUUUGACACUGACAAAAAAUAUACCAGAAGCCCACUGGCAAUUUCAUCACCUAAAGUACAGCUGAAUCGGACACCAUCUACAGUAAUCAAAAUAAAACAAGAUCAACAAACCACAACAAUACUGGAGGAGCAAGUUCAUGUUUUUCUUAAGAGAGAAAAAGAAAUCCCACCAACUCUUUUCCCCAAUCGCAGCCCAUGGGGCCUUAGUUACAAUUGUCCUGUACAUCCCAACUAUUCAUUGUUCAGACCGAUUACUGUGGGCAAUGAUGGGAGCACAUUGUGCGGACAGUCAAGGUUACAAUCAGGCAGAACUGACCCAAUACCAGCCCCCUAUUCUUUGUCUGUUGGAACCCGAAGGAACAAAACUACAAAUACAAGCCACCUGAAUCACAAAAGCAGCAGGAAAUCAGCUCCAUCUCCAGGGUUGACACUGAGAAAGAUAUUUUAUACUUCACCCUAUGAAGAGAUCUGCCUACCUCACAUGAAGUGGGCACUGGUCAAUGAAUGCGGAAUGUGGAAUGUGAAAGCUGUGCUUGUCUUGACUCACCACCAUCGAGACUUAGGGGGAUGA